CACCUCUCCAGCACCUGGAAGAGGAGCAGAGCGGGACAGGCCCAGCAGAAGACACUCACUCGCAUACAGAGACAAACUGAUCAACGGCCAGGCCAACGUGUAGAGGUCAAAAGAGAGCUGAGGUGUGACAGGGGGUUGAUUCUACUCUCUGCUGCUCCACUAAAGUACAGGCUGGUCCUGGGAGGAAGGAGAAGGAGUUCCCUGGAAGAAAGGGGGUUGGCCCCCCAAGUCCUGUUUCUUCUGACUGUUCUGUCACCUCUGACUCGCCAUGGGAGAAUGGACGAUUCUGGAGAGGCUGCUGGAGGCGGCUGUCCAGCAGCACUCUACUAUGAUUGGAAGGUGGCCAGAUAAAGGAGACCAAAGGGAUGUCCGUGUUGCUCUGUUUCUGCUGGAUAUGAUCCUGCUGACAGUGGUGGUGAUUUUCCGUAUCUUAAUAGUUGGCAUAGUGGGGGAGAAGGUGUAUGAAGAUGAACAAAUCAUGUUCAUUUGUAACACCAUGCAGCCCGGCUGUAACCAGGCUUGUUAUGACAAGGCAUUCCCGAUCUCGCACAUCCGCUACUGGGUUUUUCAGAUCAUCCUGGUGUGCACGCCGAGCCUUUGCUUCAUCACAUAUUCUGUCCAUCAGUCUGCUAAAGCACGUGAUCGAAGCUACUCUCUCCUGCAUCCUUACAUGGAUCACCAUGGUCAUGGUCACCAUGGUCGCCAUCAUGACCAUCACUCUCGCAAGCUUCAUUCUCGAAACAUCAACGGCAUCCUGGUGCAUCCUGACAGUAGUAAGGAGGAUCAUGACUGCCUGGAGGUCAAGGAGAUUCCUAAUGGACCCCGGGGACUCCCUCCAACACACAAGAGUGCUAAAGUGCGACGGCAAGAAGGCAUCUCUCGUUUCUACGUCAUCCAGGUUGUGUUCCGCAACGCGCUUGAGAUCGGCUUCUUGGCGGGCCAGUAUUUCCUGUAUGGUUUCAACGUGCCAGGGAUGUUUGAGUGUGAUCGCUACCCAUGUGUGAAGGAGGUGGAGUGUUACGUGUCCCGUCCCACAGAAAAGACUGUGUUUUUGGUCUUUAUGUUUGCAGUUAGUGGCAUAUGUGUGCUGCUCAACCUGGCAGAGCUCAAUCACCUUGGCUGGAGGAAGAUAAAGACGGCCAUCAGAGGGGUGCAGGCCCGGAGGAAGUCCAUCUGUGAAGUGCGCAAGAAGGAUGUUUCACACCUGUCCCAAGCCCCAAACCUGGGCAGGACCCAGUCUAGCGAGUCAGCCUACGUCUGACAGAGGCUUCUCUGCCUGGGGGCUCAAAGACCUUUUAAAUACUGGAGAAGAGCCUUCCCCUGGCCCCAGACCACCUAUCAGUAGGCACAAAACUCACAACUGCAUUAUUAUUCAGGAGCACAGAUAGACUCUGUGUAGUCACGAUGAAGCAUUACUUCACCAAGUAGAGUCUUUGACACUUCAAGACUAAAAAGGUAACUGUGUUGUUGUAACAAAGGUUAUAUUAAGAGAGCUCCUCUCUGCCUAGGUGACACUAGGUGCCUUCACAGAACCCAACUGACAAAACUGAGCAAUUACAAAUAAUAUUAAUAGACUGUAGGUUUAAAGGUUGUGUGAGGUUGAAUUAUCCGAAGUUCUUUAUUUGCCUUUGCUGUAGCUUAGAAAUCUCUCAUUUUUCCAAUUAUGUGUGCAUAUGCAAGAGCUUAAGCGUGUGCAUGCAGAAGCAUGUGUGUGGGGAAAAAAAAAGCCAAUCUCUGACUCAAGUCAGGAAAAUUGAAUGCUAAUUUGAUCUGAGCUACUGAGAGAAAAAUAAUGUCCACACUAUUAAAUCCACACAGUGGACAAACAAGCACCUUUUGAACAACACAAAAACAAUCAACACUAAAAUGUUUCGUAAACUGGAACACACUGUUUGUUGUAUCUGACUCUUUUCCUAAAAUUUGUCACUAUUCUUCACUGCAUUAGACAACAGACUCACAUCACCCGAGAGCCUUUGCUCAAAGUAAGAGACAGGGUGCACGGAAGAUGAGUUAGAUUACUUUCCAGCACUGUGUUAAUACAUCACAAUGCUCCCAGUGCCUGCAAGGCACUGUGUUCUCUUCACUAAAAAAAAAAAAGAAAAAUAUUCAAGAAAACUGCGCCAGUAUUUCCACUUUGGCUUGUAAAAUGUUAUCGCUGUUGAAAGCUUAUGAAUGGAAUUACACACUUUAAACAGGAAAAGUAUUGUAGUCACAAAUAUUUUAACAUGUAACCUCAAGCUUUUUUCACAAGCUGUUUUGGUGCCAUAUUUCAAAGUUACUGUACAUAGAUGAAAUGUUAUAAUUACAUUUAGUAUUUUCCCUAUGUGGUAUAGAUAGGCUUUAUUUGGGUGGGGGAAUAGGGGUUUGGGUGGUUAUGAAAAUUAAUCAUAGAUUGCCAGCUUUAACAGUAUGUAUUCUUAAUGUGCUCUUUGUAAUGCCUUUACCCUCUGAUGGAGACUGUAUGUUCCCUCUAUGGACUUUGAAAAAGGCAUGUAACUGAAGCAUUAAUAGAAUGGAUAGAUUAUGAGAUGUAACUUAAAAAAGAGACUGUUUAAUUUAUUUGCAUCCUGCUCCUGUGAAAUGUAAUACUCAGCAUGCAUGAAGAUGAAAACUAUAAAGAGAUAUGAGCAUAGAAAUUCAUUAUGGGAAUUUUGAAAGCGAAUACCCGAAAAGCGCCACAA